UGGUUCGAUAAGUGCUUUCAGUUGAUUGUUGAUGCAAAUGGGAUGGCAACGAUAAAUUUUGAGCAUAGCUGGGGUGAUGGUGUUGCAAUACUUCGCCUCAUGGAAGAAUCAUUCCAUUUUACCCUCUCGGAAUCAUUGCGCCAAAAAAUCAAGGAUGCCCAGGAAAAACAUGUUGCUGUUGGUUCCAGGUUGCGUAUCGGUACCGCCGAAUAUUUCGGAAUGAAUCGAAAAUUUAUCAAACGAUCGAAAUUGUCACCGGAUUCGAUUAUGCAACUCGCAGUUCAACUUGCUUUUUAUAAACUUUUCAACGAAUUUGGUCGAACUGAGUGCGUACGUUCAGCCACUUGUGCGACACGUGAUACAGUUUUGGCAGUCGAAAAUGGUCAGGGCGAUUUAGCGGAAUUGUUAAAAAAGUGCUCAGCAGUGCAUUCGCAAAUGAUUAAAGAAGCCGCAACAGAAUUGUUCAACAGUGAUGUGUAUCAGUACAUGAAUCAAUUCGUUAUUUCAACAUCCACUCUGGCAACGGAAACAGUAGUUCUUGGUGGAUUUGGUCCGGUAGUUCCGGAUGGUUUUGGAAUUGCCUACAACGUUGUGCCAGCAAAAAUGGGCGCUGUUAUCCUGUCUUAUAAUGGGCAGCGUGAUGCGACCAUUUUUGCGGAUGCGCUUUUGGAAAGUUUGGAUAUUUUAAAGAAUACGAUCGAAAAGAAAUUGCUAAUUUAA